AUUUCUGCGAGACGCCAUUGCUGACAAACCUUAACAUGGACGCCCAGAAGGAAUCUAGGCUGGUUGGGACUGUUGUUCACUCAAAUGACGAAUCUAACGGAGGACAACGUGGAACUGGAAUGGAACCUCCACCGCCAUACACUCAAGUGCCACAGUAUAGAGAGGAAAACCCACAAGUAAUUCAGAAUCCCACAAUACAACAACAAUGGCCGACUCAACCUGGAUCCAACUUCGCAGGAAGCGCUCAACAGGGUCAACAGCAACCGUCCUAUUCCCAACAGCCGGGUGCAUUUCAUCUGUACAAUACUGGGUAUCCCAGACAAUAUUAUCCUGGUCCUAAUGUCGUCAGUGGAGAAGUUAAUCAUCGUCGGCAGCAGGAGAUAACGAUCCAACAAGGGAUCGCCAACACGGUGGUCAUCAGUCGUAGGUACCCUCGGCGAAGCUGUGCCUACCGUCUCACCCGGCUCGGCGUUUCGUUCUUUCUGGUAGGUUUGGUAUUACUUAUUGUGCUUGGUGUCCUUAUCGUCCAUCCCACCAUGAACGACAUGAAGCUGAAGAAAGCCGUGUGCACUGUCACCUCUAGUGAAAUGACAGGAGAGGAUAAAAGUUGUAGUUGUGGUCGGUACUGUUCUUCGUCUUACCCUUGUCUCGAGAUAAGAGUGGGCUACCACGCUAGCGGUGAGGAACACAUUGCUUAUCUGUAUGAAAAUGUUUACGACAGCAAAAACAAGUGUAGCACUCAGCCAUGUAAUACUUAUGGAAAUGUCGAAAGUGUAUCAAGCUUCGAAAACAAGUAUGGCCGAGUUCAUGAUACUUACACCUGUUUCUAUAAUCAAAAGAAACUUGAUGAGGUGUUUUUAACAAGAUCUUCAGUGAAAAGUGAUAAGAUGAAGAUUUUGCAUUGCAUUUUGUGGCCGAUGCUCAUCAUUGCAAUGAGUGUUGGCCUCCUUGGUACUCUGUUUUGCCGAUCCAAGGGCCACUGCUGCUUUAAGAAGACAAAUGGUUCCUCUGUUCCCUACCAAGGCCUACAGCCGACAGCUUGAGGCCAUGACAAGUCAGAAGUGAGUAUAUGGAAGUGCUUUUUGAUUGGGUGGCAAAACAAAAAAUGGAAGUGACUGCAAAGUGAAAACUUUAGAUAAAGAUAAUUAAUUUAACCAGUUGCCCAAUUUAUUAGUUUAGUACAUAGAACAAAUAGUUUGAACCAGUCAUGGUGGGUUGUUGCUCAAAAACAGAGCAUUUCCAGAUUACCAUUGAAGCCCUCUUGAGAAAUUGCUUCAUGGCUGAGUUUGCAUAAUCCCUUAACUCCCUAGAUCUGAUUUGUAAUCUUCCCUCUAACUGCUACACAUUUCCUUAUAAACUAGUAAAGAGAAUUUCUUGUUGGAUCAAGAUGAAAACUUCAACCCGAUAAGUUUGAGUAUUCUCAUUACCUGUUUGCUGGAUGAUGUGUAAAUAUAAUAGAGAGAAGUUACAUGCUAAUCACUUCUGGGUGUUAAAGGGUUAAGCUUUCAAUAACACAUUAAUUGUUUUAGGUUAGAUCAGCUUGACAUUUUUUAAGGAUUUCUUUUUCUUUAAACACUUUAUUUGCAGCUCACUUGGGAAAUCAUUUCAUUACUUGUGCUAAUAAAUGAUAGAGCCCUGCAAACUUAACCCCUUUAACUCCCACUGUCUGCCAUAUAGUUCUUGUGAUGUUAGUUUGGAGAAUUUGAUAUUAGAUCAACUUAUAAUUCUCCAAUUAAUAUUUUUCUUUAUUUUCAUCACUUGUCUACUUGAUUUUGUAUUGAUAUUGUAAGGAGAAAUUCUGUCUUGGUCACUCAUGGGAGUUAAAGGGUUAACUACUAAGGGAAAUAAAAAAUAUUUUUACCCUUUAACCUUGAAAAUUGACUGGUAGUUUACUUCUCUUUACAAUGUCACCCCCGAAUCAAGCAUUAAGUUUACAUGGAUAAAGGAAGUGAUCAUCAACUUGAGAAGCUCUUGAUUGUUAAAACAAAUUCUCCUCAGCAGCUCCUUAGAAAAAUUUUUAGAAAACAGUAUGGAGAAGAUGCAAACUGAUGUUAAGGUGUAAAGAGUUCAUGUAACAGGAGUCAAUGAGGCUUAUGUUAGAUUAGUGAAAAUCCUCAGGAAACUCUAGUAGCUUUGAGUGACUGUUUCCAAGAUUUCCAUACUCAAGUUUGGUCUUUUCUCGUGUAUCCAUGUAACUUUGAAUAUUAAUCACAUUUUUUUAACGAUACUUUAAAAAUGCCUUUUACUUUGUUGUGUGGUUGAAUUUUUCUGUAUUCUGCAUGAUAUAAAGAUGCAGACUCCUGGUUCACUUGAAUAUUAUCACCAGGAAAGGCAUUAUUUAUUGCAUUAAGACGUUACAUAAACUUGUACUAUGUGACUAAAAAUAAGGUACUUAGUUGUUUCUGAAGAUGCUGUGAUUGUUAAAUAGCAUGCAUAGAUACAGUGAUAGCAUAUAUAAUUGCCAAGACCAUAAUGAUGUGCAAAGAGGGUAAGUUUCUAAAGAAACUGUGAUUCUGUGUCAAUGGGGAUACACUAAAAUAAUUUGCUUUUAUUUAAAAUUUGUGUAUCAUAAUGUAAGUUGUUUGCCACUGUAAAGAGUCCCAAAAGCUGAAGUUUCAAGGGGGAAGCCCUUUGUCAGGUGUAGGAAUUGACUGACACAGCUAAAACACUUAGCAGUGUCAUAUUAGCACAGGAAAGAUAAAUCAAUAUUACAUGGUUACCUAAAGAGUGAUGUCUCUAUAAUAUGUAAUGCUUCAUUUGAAGGUACUGCCAAGUAAGUCUGGCAUUCUCAAGGUAAUCCUUAAGUAAACUCUCCAUACUUGAGUUGGGAGGAGCAUUUGUAGCAGAAUACACUGUGUGUCCCAUAAGGUAAGAAAAAAAAACAUAUGGCACUGGCUUGUGCCUCUUAUUACAUGUAACUAGGGACGCUACCUUAAUUAGAGGUGCUAACAUCUGUCACGAAAAGCAACAAAACAAAAUAUAUAGAGAGUGAAGGGUGGAGUGUUGAAAGGAAUUUCAUAGACUGGACUUUACUUUUUUCUGAAAAUGGAAAGUCAAAGUUCACCUUUCUGGAGCAUUUGCUUGGGAUUUGCGUGCUUUGCCUGUUUUUGAUAACAACAUAACUACCGGUAGGUUUGUUCUCUCGUAUGAUUGAAUGCAAUAUUCAGUACUUCCUGCAUUUUGAAUACAUUUAAUCUGAGCAGGAGUAAGAAAACUGAUUCUUCCUGAUAGGAGACAGACUAUUAGACCUCUUGUGACAACUGAAAAUCAACCUAAGAAAGUGUUGAAAUGUUAGUUCUUAUUUGGCUUGGGCUAGAAUAUAUCUGUCUAGACCUGUUUUGGGAGUUUUGUUAUUUUGUAUUUCUAUUUUAUUGGAGUAAAUAUAAGCUAUAUUGGACUCAGAUAGUGUUUGUGUACUUGAAUUCCUCAAAGGAAAACUUUCAUAGAUUUAUUGUACCAACAGUUACAUACAUUUGGGAUUGUUUUAGCUUUGAAAAAUCAAAGGAAAACCUGUAGACAUAAAGGAAUUAGCUUCAACAGUAAUAAAUUUGUCUUCUUGUAAAGAAA